UUGACACGACAGGCUGUGGUCUAUCUUGGUUUAGUUGAAAAUCUUCCUAGUCAGAUUCGUUCUCUCCCACAAUGUAUCAAUGCUAACUGUUUUUGUCUAGGGACAGGUUUAGGAGACCAGUGGCAGUGCGCAUGUGGUUGUGGAUGAUUCAGCGAGAGUCGAGUCCAGUGAGCAGAGCAACUGAGAGCACUUGACAGCGGCGAGUUUUUUCGCGUUUUUUCGGACAAUGAAUAUUUGACAAGAAAUUUGAAUUAACAAAUGACCACUAGGAGAGAGGCGAUGACAAAACCUUGAUGCUUUGGUGGACCAUACAUAGCCAUACGCCUGGCUGAAGAAAAUCUAAACAUCUGCUUCAGGGAAAGGUGUUAAUCUUACUUGACAACUAGCCAUAAUGUUUUGGAUUUGACUUGCUCAGUCAUCAAUAUGGUGCUUUCAUAUCAAGCAGUGUUUGUAAGGUCAUUUAACUGAAUUUUUUUUUGAGGUAACUAGCUAGCUUGCCAGGCUACUGCUUGCUUGAAUUUGCUAGUUAGCUUACUAGCCAACGUUAGCAAUUGGACCUGCACUUGGUAUUCAAUCAAACCAGCCGAUUCAGUCGUCAAUUAAGGAAUUUGCGGUCGUGCAUGUUAAUGCAUCAUCAUCUGUUUCAAUAGCUCUGCCAGCCCAGCACACCCAUGAUCCAGAAGGCAGCUGAUGGAAGAUCCGGUUCCCAACUUGCCCACCAUGGUCUCCAGGCUGCCCAAGUUUGGCUCGCGCCCCAUGGCUGUGACUGCCACCGCCCCACUGACCAAUGGGACCCGCCACCACCCUGCCUCCAGCACCACGGGCAAAGGGUUACCCACUGCCACCACUAGGCAGAACGGAACAAUCCGGAUGUCGUCCUCCUUCUCUCUGAAGUGGAAGAAGGGAAAAGGGGGAUACCCUGUGGAGAGUGGGGGGGACUCAUGGGAGGAGGACAGAACUGGAGCUGGGCAUCAACCCCGACAACCGCAGCACUUACCAAUGGUGGUACGGGAGAUUAAGAAGCCGUCAAGCAUGCCUGCCACAGUUAAGGUACAGGGGUGUGCUUCCACCUUCCCCAGGACUAUACGCUCCAGAACUGGGUCUCGCGUGGCUGUCCCCAAACAGGCCUUGUCUGGACAGAGUCUCUGCAAUGGCAAAGCGGGUCUCAAAGGCCAGGCGGGUGGUGGUGGGCGGUCUGGGACCGGUUCAGUCAGGCGGGGCCAAAGCUGUGGUUCUCCCCACAGCAACCUGACCAGCAGCCUGUCCCAGUCCAGCGACAGCCUGGAGAUGGCCACAGAGGAGAACAUGGUGCGGUCCCAGAGCCUCACCCACGUCAAGAGGAUCCCCUCCUCCACCGAGCCACCCAUCAUCCGCUCCUACUCCUUCAACAGGUCCUCGGAGCUGGCCAAGGAGCUGCCCAGGCCUCUAGCCAAGUCCCCGCUGGUCAAGACAUCUCCCCUGGCCAGACCAACCCCUGUGCUGAGUAGUGGGGGGAGAGGAAAAGGCCUACAUCUUAGUAAGUGUGGACCUAGACCAGUGCCAGGCAGGGCUGGGUUGGAAACAACUAGCUGCAUCUUGCCACCCAUCACACUGAGGAAGUCCUUAGUACCUAGUUCAGCCUCCUCCACCACCAAGUCUUCGGCCCUCCGCUACAGGCUUACACGACCCUCCCUCAUCAAGCAGCCUUACCUUGUCCUGGCCCCCACCUCCCAGAAGGUCCAUGGCAACAGAAAGGAAAGCGAGGGGAGGAGGAACUCGGUGGAGAUGCCCGCUGUCACCCCAGACCUGACCAACAUCACUGACAGCCCAGGGAGUACCACAGAGGGCCUGCUAGAGGAGCCUGUGGCCCCCAGUGGAGUCCAUCAGCUGGGAGAAGGCCUGGAGGACAUGUCACUCUCCUCCACCUCCUCCCUGGAGCUCAACGACACCAGCGAGGAGUACAUGGACGAUUUUGACAACCUGGGAAAUGGAGGAGACGGCAUUCUGCUGCUCCCGGCCCAGAACGGAAGGCUCGAUCAAUCACAGCCUGACUUGGAUGAUGACAACGCAGACGUCAACCGACGGCACGGUGGAACCUCCAUGACUGGCCUUCACAGCUUCCUGUCUGACAGUGUGGACUGGGCCAGGAUGGGACUCACUGGGGGGUUGUCUCGGCGUACUAGCCAGGCCCUGUCUGGGGGUGCAGAAUACCCCCUUGGCUCAUCUCUGGACCUGUCCCCCUCAGACUCUGGCUCGGGGGGGACCUACAUGUGGGACGAGGAGGGUCUGGAGGCCCUUGGGACCAUCACACACCCCUGUGGGAGUUACGACUCAGACCUCAACAGCAUGGACAUACUCAACAACCUGGACAACCUGGAGUCUGGGUGUGACCUGGAUGACGAUGACCUCAUGCUGGACGAUGACCUCCCUGCGCAUGGCUCCUUGCACAGUGAUACUGAUGGGAUGUCCCAUCUGACCCACUGGAGAAGACAGCUCUGUUGGAAUGCAGAGGAUCACCUCCACAAUGACAACCGUAGUGACGUUGGGUUCCAGCCAUAUGAUGGGUACCAGGGCACAGGCUUGUCAGGUCUUCAUCAGGCUGUGGAGCUGGACGAGCUGACUCUGAAACACAUGGCGGAGGACUGCUGCUCUGUCAAGACCCAGCUAGAACACCUGAAGCUACUGCUGCAGGUGGAGGUUGGUAGUGAGAUGGACAACACUCUGGAUACAUUGAGUCCAGAAUCCAGAGAGGACCCCAUUCGAGUUCGACAGGUGGAGGAGCUGUUGAAGGAGGUGCAGGAGCUGAGAGAGGAGCUGAGAAGUAAAGAUAGGAUCAUUGCUCAGCUCACCAAGCAUGUGGCUGUUCCUGUCGAGCCCACGAGAUGCCACUGCCAGCAGCACAGGGAUGUGGAAAGUGUGACGGUGACCUACCAUGACAAGGCCACACAGACUCCACCGUGGAGGGGACAUGCUGUUGGUCGGCCUGCUCCUUUCCUCUCUCCCUGGCAGCACUCGCAGCAGAGGAUCCCACGGGCAUGCAUGCCCCACCACAGCAGACAGACCUCAAAUACUACAGCCUUCCAGGCCAUGGCCCAACAGCGUGCAGCAACCUCAACCCCAGGAAAGACUAACAAGCUCAGCCCACACGAGGCCCCCCGGGACUCCUCCAACCCAGGCUGUGGGGACCCGGCCAAAAUGAUUCCUGCCCCUAGCCUCCCGCAGACCCCCGGCUCUCUGAAAACAGCCUCCAUCCCUAAAAGGCCACAGGAAGGCCCCAUAACCAACUCCAACCAGACGUCCAUGGCAGGCUUCCCCAGGGUGGUGAGAGGAAUCCAGUUUAGGAGCAGUCCCAGGCCGGGCUUCACAACUCCACAGUCCAGGCUGCUCCCACCUCCCUUCAGAGGUCUGCCUUGCUACAGCUCCGUGAACCAGGCCUCUGCACCCUCCCAGGGCCCUGCACUGCCGGCCUGCCCCCGGACCAAAGCACCCAGACAGACUCCAGGCCUCAGAGAACCAGAGAUUGGCGGGUUCAAGGCCAGAGGGUCUAGUCCAUCCCAGCCUCUUACGACAUCCCAAGCCAAAGAGCCACUGACCGCUAUCUCGCAACUCUCAAACAUUGCCAUGUAGCAAGACCACUCAGCACCACCUUCUACCCAUUCAAACCCAAAAUAUCUAACUUCUUCUAAAGGCUUCCAGGCCUCACCUCAGCAAGGUUACCAUGUCUACCCUGUAAGAAUGGAAGACUUGUAGAUUAUAUCCGAAAUAACAAACUAGGUGGUUCAAGCCCUGAAUGCUGAUUAGCUGACAGCCGUGGUAUAUCAGACCGUAUACUACGGGUAUGACAAAACAUUUGUUUUUACUGUUCUAAUUACGUUGGUAACCAGUUUAUAAUAGCAAUAAGGCACCUCGGGGGUUCGUGGUAUAUUUCCAAAUAUACCACACCUCUUCGGGCCUUAUUGCGUAAAUAAAUAUAUGACCCCACAGACUAUUUUAGCUAGCCUGCUGCGCUUCCAGU